UCAUCUUCAAACUCACUCCCAUACCUCCCUUUAGCCUCGCGCCGCCCCUCCACUAAAGUCAGCUUUCACCCUCUCUCCCCUCGCAGAGUGCCAUCCACAGAACUGACGCACAGAGACAGACAGUGUGUGUGACAAAGAGUGUGUGAAGAGUGUGUUUCCAAGUGAAUGUGUGUGUGACAACGUGGAGAGAACGAAAGCCCAUCCUUUGGAAUGGACCACAGCACCGUAAUCAAAGAGUGUCUCGAGGAGCACCUGAGGGAUUAAAACUCCAACUGGCGAAUAAAUCUGUAGCUUUUUACUGGCCUUUCCUCGCGCGCCCUGUAGUGUUACCAAGAAAACAGGAACGAGAGUAAACACGUGAAAUAAGAAGGGUCCAAUUCAGUCCCAGCCUGCCCGAGUUUGGCGCCGUGCCACAGAGAAGAGAGUUUUACCGUAUUUUUAGCAUCCUCUCUUUUCCCUCUCCUCCCUUCUUUUCCUCUCUGUGUGGAGAGAGAGCGGGAGACGAACGGACCGGGCGAUUCAGCUGUGAGUCUCGCGCCUCUCCGGUGGAUCUCUGUGGAUGUGUGACAAUGGAUUAACUGUCUUUAACGGGAUCCCACGUAUCUCCGGUCCUUUACGAGACCAUCGCUGCCACCUCUCAUCCCUCCCCCCGCAGAGAUCACCGCCAUACCUUGUGUGGAUUAUUUUAACUCUCUCUGGGCUCUUUCUCCCCCGGUAGCGCUCGAGAUGACCGCGGAAUAUGUUUUACGGUCCCUGCUGAUGCUCUUCCUCGCGCUGCUCUCGGCCAACGCCAGUAACUGGCUGUACCUGGCUAAGCUGUCGUCGGUUGGCAGUAUCAGUGAUGAGGAGACAUGCGAACGCCUGCGAGGACUUAUCCAGAGACAGGUGCAGAUCUGUAAGCGCAGUGUGGAGGUGAUGGAUGCUGUGCGGCGUGGAGCUCAGCUAGCCAUAGACGAGUGCCAGUUUCAGUUCAGGAACCGUCGAUGGAACUGCUCCACGCUGGAAACCAUGCCCGUCUUCGGCAAGAUUGUCACACAGGGUACUCGGGAGGCAGCCUUUGUGUAUGCCAUCUCAGCAGCCAGUGUGGCGUUUGCUGUGACCCGGGCCUGCAGCAGCGGAGAGCUGGAGAAAUGUGGCUGCGACCGCAACGUCCACGGAGUCAGUCCGGAGGGGUUCCAGUGGUCGGGCUGUAGUGAUAACAUAGCAUACGGAGUGGCCUUCUCUCAGUCCUUCAUUGACGUAAGGGAGAGGAGUAAAGGACAGUCCCCCAGCAAAGCACUCAUGAACCUACACAACAACGAGGCCGGGAGGAAGGCCAUCCUGAGCCACAUGCGUGUGGAGUGUAAGUGUCACGGCGUGUCAGGGUCCUGUGAGGUGAAGACCUGCUGGAAGGCCAUGCCCCCAUUCCGCAAGGUGGGCAACGUCAUCAAGGAGAAGUUUGACGGCGCCACCGAGGUGGAGCAGCGCAAGGUGGGCACCACCAAGGUCCUGGUGCCACGGAACUCCCAGUUCAAACCUCACACAGACCAAGACCUGGUCUACCUGGAGCCCAGCCCCGACUUCUGUGACCACGACCCGCGCACACCAGGCAUGCUGGGUACAGCGGGGCGGCAGUGUAACCGGACAUCGAAGGCCAUUGACGGCUGUGAGCUGAUGUGCUGCGGCCGGGGCUUCCAGACAGAGGAGGUGGAGGUGGUGGACAGGUGCAGCUGUAAGUUCCACUGGUGCUGCUACGUCAAGUGCAAACAGUGCCGCAAGAUGGUGGAGAUGCACACCUGCCGGUGAUCACCAUGGAAACCCCCAAUGGAAACCCAAACAAUUUCCCCACUCUCUCCCUCCUCACCUGCACUUGGGGAGGGAGGGAGAAAGGGAGGGUGGGAGGGGUGUUUGUGGUUUUCCUCUACCCCCUAUUUUAAAGCCACCCUGAUUCCUUUUACAAGACCACGGGAACAGCCAGACAGAGGACAUGUUCAUACAAUGUUAAAGGAACAUCUUACACACGCACAGGAUGUAAAAACUAAAACGACAAAUAUACACUGAGUAUACUAAACGUUAGGUGACAUAGACUGACCAGGUGAAUGCAGGUGAAGCUAUGAUUCCUUAUUGAUGUCACUUGUUAAAUCCACUACAAUCAGUGUAGAUGCAGAGGAGAUUGUGUAUGUGUGCCAUUCAGAGGGUGAAUGGGCAAGACAAAAUAUGUAAGUGCUUUGAACGGGGUAUGGUAGUAGGUGCCAGGCGCACCGGUUUGUGUCAAGAACUGCAACGCUGCUGGGUUUUUCACGCUCAACAGUAUUCUGUGUGGUUCAAGAAUGGUCCACCACCCAAAGGGCAUCCAGCCAACUUGGCACAACUGUGGGAAGCAUUGGAGUCAACAUGGGCCAGCAUCCCUGUGGAAUGUUUGGUAUACUCAGUGUAUGUUUUCCCAAGUCCCAACAGAGAGUAUUUUCCCUCCCCCUCACUCACUCACAGUUGAUUCUAAUUGAUGUGAUUGCUCUUUGGUUUGUUUUUUAACUUAUUUGAUAUUGUUGUGAGUGAUUUGGGGUGGGUGAGGGUGAGAGUGGACUGAAGGGGAGAGGGGAACUGAGGGUAGGACAUAUUGGACCUGGGAAGGGGAGAGGGGAACUGAGGUCAGGACAUAUUGGACCUGGGAAGGGGAGAGGGGAACUGAGGUCAGGACAUAUUGGACCUGGGAAGGGGAGAGGGGAACUGAGGUCAGGACAUAUUGGACCUGGGAAGGGGAGAGGGGAACUGAGGUCAGGACAUAUUGGACCUGGGAAGGGGAGAGGGGAACUGAGGUCAGGACAUAUUGGACCUGGGAAGGGGAGAGGGGAACUGAGGUCAGGACAUAUUGGACCUGGGAAGGGGAGAGGGGAACUGAGGUCAGGACAUAUUGGACCUGGGAAGGGGAGAGGGGAACUGAGGUCAGGACAUAUUGGACCUGGGAAGGGGAGAGGGGAACUGAGGUCAGGACAUAUUGGACCUGGGAAGGGGAGAGGGGAACUGAGGUCAGGACAUAUUGGACCUGGGAAGGGGAGAGGGGAACUGAGGUCAGGACAUAUUGGACCUGGGAAGGGGAGAGGGGAACUGAGGUCAGGACAUAUUGGACCUGGGAAGGGGAGAGGGGAACUGAGGUCAGGACAUAUUGGACCUGGGAAGGGGAGAGGGGAACUGAGGUCAGGACAUAUUGGACCUGGGAAGGGGAGAGUGGGGGAGCUGAGUUUUCCCUCCAUCUUGCUGCUGCUUCACUGGAUGUAAAGGGAGAGACACGCCUGCCUGUCGGUCUGAGAGAACAGACUUUACCGCCCAGAGUAGGAAUGCUGACUGACAGACAUUAUGAUUUGUGGUCCAGGUGUACAUGACCGUGUUGUGUUGGGGUUGAGUAGCGGUUUAGUUGUGUGGACAUUUGUCCCGUAUAGCCCUGAUGCUGCUCCACUCAUGAAAUCAGAAUUACUCACAGAAUCAGUUAUGGCUGGAAUUCAAUCUGAUCGCGGGUUAUAGGCACUGCAGCUCUGAAAUGUAAUGUUCUCAUUCGCGGAGAUCCCUUUCAUGAUAAACGCUGCAUAUGUCUGCUCAAUCGGAAGUUGCCUUUAAAAAACCUCAAUGCCUAUAACCCACAAUACGAUAGAAUUCAGCCUUAGUCUGUGUCAGACCAGGAGGAAGUUUGCCCAUACAGAUACAUACAUACAGAUACAUACAGACAGAUACAUACAUACAGAUACAUACAGACAGAUACAUAUAUACAGAUACAUACAUACAGAUACAUAC